AUGGGCAUGCUUCUGGGAAAGUUCCAGGAAUCAUCAUCAGCUGUAAUUCAGCUUGGAUUUCCAGGAAAUGUCCUCAAGGGAGUGGUAGAGUUUGUGCUUACAAAUACAGCACAAGUUCUUCAUGUCAAAACAGAUGCAGAAGAUAUAAGUCCCCAAAAGAUUCAAUCAUUGGUGUCAUUGGCAGAGGCAGCUUCCUAUUUUGACCUUGCUGGCCUUGGAGAAAUGGUUUUUGAAUCUUUUGAAAAGCAUAACAAGGCAGACCCAUGCUCAUCUUUUGCCGCCUUACAAGCGUGCAGAAUGGCUGGGAACUCAGUACCAGAGGCGUUUGUUGAAAAGUCAAAAGCUUGGGUUCAAACUACCCCAUCAAAACUUUUCUCUGUCUCCCAUGUGGCCUUCCUGAGCACAGCUGUCCUGGAAGAAAUACUCAUGGAUUCACACAUGGAUUUGUCAGAGUUCGAGCUCUUCCAAAUUCUAUCCCUCUGGGUAGAUGCUGAUCCCAGUCAGAGAAGGGAACAAGGGGUUGUCCUCGCCAAGCACAUCUCCUUUGAAAAGAUUGAUAUUGAAAAUUUGACAACAGCAGUGGCUUCCUCUGGGUUGGCUCCAUCAGAGCGCCUUCUUGAAGCAUACAAGAAUCAGGCUUUGGCACUCAAGAAGCAUGUACCAUCAGUAAAAUUUGAAGAAUCAGCAACCUGA